UACACCCAUGCAAGAACGCGCAGACUCAAUCUCAGCUUGGAGCGCGACACUUAUAGUGAGGGUGGCUAUAUAAGUCCAUUCAGCAUCUAUCCUUUAAGUAACUAUAUACUUGAUUCCUCAAAGUGAAGUGAAGGAGGGCGGCAUCUCGCCAACUACCUGGCAACCUACACGGCUGUAGCGGACCACCUCUAAAGCCUGAAGAUUCCUGUUGAAAUCCUGACAUGAAGCUCAAUUUAUUCGGUACCGCCGUGAUUCUGCUAGUUGCCUUCUUACCGCGCUACGAAUGUCGGGCUAUUGAGAGCCCUGGCAGUACUCUGCGCGUCCCAGCUCUACAAACCCAAAACUCCCAGCAGCUGCAAUCCGGCCCGAUUCUGGAGAGGCUUGGGGAGGAGUAUUUCAUCCGACUGGGCAACGGGGACUCGAACUCUUUCCCAUCAACGUCCAUGUAUCCCGGCGGAUCACCUUCCAUCUUCAACAGAGCUUUGCAACUCCAGCUGACGCGGCGUCUUUUACAGGGUAAAGUUGGGAACAUCAGGGCGCUCAUAAGCGGCUUCGGAGACCGCGGGGACGACUCGAUGGAGAGGGGAAGAAGGUCCGAGGACCCGCCAAUAUCCCUGGAUCUGACCUUCCAUCUGCUCCGGGAGAUGAUGGAGAUGUCCAGGGCGGAACAGCUGGCUCAGCAAGCGCAGAAUAACAGAAGAAUGAUGGAGCUCUUCGGGAAAUGAUUUCCCAGCCCGCCAAAGAUCUCCCUUCCCUUUCUU